AUGCAUGCAAGUGCUUUGAGGGCUGCUUUAGGAGAACCGUCACUUUCUAAAAAGUUGUCAAAUGUCUCAACAGAGACAAAUGAAUUUCUCAAGGAAGAGUAUAUUAUUGACAUGUGUGAUCUUGUGGAGUCUAGGAAGCCUGGUCUUUAUGUUUGCUAUGGCACAAUCGAAGAUAUAGAUGUUGAAUUAGGAUGGUACUACGAGGCAUGUAAGAUAUGCUUUAGUGGAAUUAAUAAAAAGCAAGAUGGUGGUAUGAGGUGCAAGAAGGAAAAUCAUAUUGUCAGAUAUCCUAUCCCAAGGUAUAGAGUUAAGAUAAUUGUGACAGAUGGUACGGGAGAUGCAACUUUCGUUCUUUUUGACAAGGAAGUUCGAAAAUUUGUUGAUAAAUCUGCUUCAGAACUAUUAAAGUUGCAUAAAAAGGACGAUGAAAGCUUCCCAGAGGAAUUUUUGGUAUUCUUGGGAAAAAAGUUGCUUUUUAAAGUUGAUCUUCAGUACUACAAUAACUACAAUCAAAGCCCUACAUUUACUGUCGUCAACACAACUGAUGAUCAAGAUGUCAUUGGCAAGUGGAUGGGAAUGUAUAUCAGAAUGGAGGAUGACCGGACAGUGAAAAAACAAAUCGAGGCUGAAAGUGUCAAGGAAAUAGAUGGGGCUCAAGCUACAAGUACGCGUGAUAAUGAAUCUACCCCAACAUCUAAAACACCCUUGAAGCGUGGUUUAGAAGACCCGAAUUUGCUUGACUUAAGUUGUGAAGACUCAAAGGUGGAUGCACAAUGUAAAGAAGCUGCAGAAAUUGUACGUCGGAAAAGAAAAUGUUUGUUGGAAGACAAACCUGAUAGAUAUAUGUAUUCUGAAACGAGUAACAAAGAGAAUGAGCCACACAUCGUACCUUCAGUUUCUAUUAGUGACCGAUUUGGAACUAAUACAUUCAAUCUUGAAAAUUACACUUAUACAACUCCGGAUCAUUUACGCACGGAUGUAACACCAUUGAUUAACAAUCCUAUUGAACGUACCAUUGUUGAAGAUAAGCACUCAACUACAAAGCAGAAUCGCCAUAAACGAAGAGUAUUACUUACAAAGAAGCGUCUAGAAAAAGACACAACACGUGAUGUUCAACUGCCAUAUAUGUCUACAAUUACUACAAACAGAAUCCCUAAUUUGUGCAAUAAUGAUACUCCAAAUAUGAAUCAUGAAGCUGUUGCAGUUCAACGAAGAGAGCUCCUUGAGUUACAACAAAGAAGUUCUGCACUUAGGUGCAAUAAGCAACUCAUACAAAGUAAAAGGGUUUUGAAUGAAGUGACCAGAAGAUUUGAGCUAGGAAAUAGUAGUGGGUCACUUGAAGAGGGUAAUUCAACAAUUGCGUUUGAGGUAGACCAACAAAAUCCAAUAGAAUCUGAUGGCAAUCAUGGAGAGUGCAGUAGUUAUGCAGGAGAUUAUUGGGAUAUUGGUGAUCCAAUAUGGGAGUGCGAGUAUUGUGGGGCCAUGAUGUGGUUCGAGGAAAGAACAAAAAAGCAUAUAAACACGACAAAGCCAAAGUUCUCACAAUGUUGCAUGCAAGGGAAAGUGCAACUUCCUUUAUUGCGUCCUCCGCCGAAACUCCUUUCAGAUCUCUUAGAAGGAAAACAUCCUAGAAGCAAACACUUCUUUGAAAAUAUAAGGCCAUACAAUAUGAUGCAUUCUUUUACAUCAAUGGGAGGGAAAGUUAUACAUCCAUCUACCCAAGGACGAGGACCAUACAAUUUUAAGAUAGGUGGUCAGAAUCAUCAUUUGAUAGGGAGUUUGUUGCCAAACGAAGGCUCACGUCCUAAAUUUUCCCAACUUUACAUCUACGACACUGAGCAUGAGAUUAACAACAGAAAGAACGCAGUAAGUUCUAAAAAUCCUAAAAAGUUCGAAGACCCUUUGAUUGCUGAAUUACAAAAUAUGAUUGAUGAACACAAUCCUCUAGCAAAGAUUUUUAGAAUGGCAAGAGAUCGCUUUAAAAAUGAUGCAUGCGAGAAUGUCAAAUUGAAACUAAUUGGUAGGAGAGAAUCGGAUGGAAGGACAUAUAACUUGCCCACAACCAACGAGGUUGCUGCCCUCAUCGUUGGAGAUAUUGAUAGUGCGGAUAAAAGAGAUAUAAUUGUGGAGACAAAGGGUGGAAAAUUGAAACAAAUUUCUGAACUCCAUCCUUCAUACCUUGCUCUUCAAUAUCCACUACUAUUUCCGUAUGGUGAAGAUGGGUAUAGGGUUGAUGUUUCACAUAGGGAUGGAGAUUUAUCAAACCCUAAUUCUAAUAAAAGGGACAAACUGACUAUGAGAGAGUUCUUUGCAUAUCGCAUACAUGAUCGUCGUGGAGAAGCUGAGACAAUAUUACUCUCUCGAAGAUUAUUGCAACAAUUAAGUGUCGAUGGUUACACCAUGAUGGAAGCACAAAGAUUGUCGUUCGUUAGACAUAAUCAAAAAAGUUUCAGAGCUGAUAAUGUUAAGAAUUUAAGAGGUGCAGCAGAUAGAGGAGAUACAGAAGGAGCAUCAACUGGUAGUCGGGUAGUUAUACCAGCAUCAUUCACUGGAGGACACAGUUAUAUGAGGGAGAACUAUCAAGAUGCAAUGGCAAUAUGCAGAUGGUAUGGCUAUCCAGAUUUGUUUAUUACUUUCACAUGUAAUCCAAAAUGGCCUGAGAUUACAAGAUUUGUUUCUAAGAAGGGAUUACGACCUGAAGAUAGACCAGACAUUAUUGUUCGAGUGUUUAAGAUGAAGCUCGACCAAUUGGUUAAGGAUUUGAAGGACCGAAAUAUUUUCGGCAGAGUAAGAGCUGUUGUCUAUACAAUAGAAUUCCAAAAGCGUGGCUUGCCGCAUGCACAUAUACUGUUAUUCUUACAUCGGGAUGACAAGUUCCCAGACGCAGAAGCAGUCGACAAAAUUAUAUGUGCUGAGUUACCGAACAAAGAUGAAAAUCCAGAUUUGUAUGAGAUAGUUGCAACACACAUGAUGCAUGGCCCAUGUGGUGCUUCUAAUCUUGACUCCCCGUGUAUGGUGGAUAAAAUGUGCACAAAACAUUUCCCAAAAAGGUUUAAUGAGAGAACAACAGUGGACGAAGAUGGUUAUCCGGUAUACAGAAGAAGAGAUAAUGGAGCAACUGUUGAAAAAAAUGGUGUCAUGCUUGAUAAUAGAUUCGUUGUUCCAUACAACUCUCAAUUACUCUGGUACGAUAGAGUCACUGCGACUGCAUACCAUAAUCGUCAAAAUCCUGAAGAUCCUGAAAAAAUUGAUGAAAUCAAAAUGUAUUAUGAUUGUCGAUACAUAUCGCCAUGUGAAGCUAUGUGGAGAAUAUAUGGGUUCCCCAUACAUUUUAGAAUCCCUGCCGUCGAACGAUUAAGUUUUCAUCUACCUGACGAACAGACCGUCCUUUUCACUGACGAUGCCGAUGUAGAGGAAGUGCUUGAAAGACCACACAUUGAGAAAACAAAGUUCCUAUCCUGGAUGGAGUGCAACAAAGAACAUGCUGAAGCAAGAGAAUUAAGCUAUGUUGAGUUUCCUACAAAAUUUGUGUGGCAAGCACGCACAAGAGAAUGGACUUCACGGAAAAAAGGAUUUGCAAUUGGCAGAAUUUAUCAUGUCACGCCUGGAGCUGGUGAAAAAUUCUACUUGAGGACCCUGUUGAAUUAUGUGAAAGGUGCAACUUGCUAUGAAGACAUACGCGUUGUCGAUGGUGUAUUACAUCCCACCUUCAAAGAAGCAUGUUAUGCUAGAGGUUUGUUAGAUGAUGACAAGGAGUAUGUUGAUGCGAUAAUGGAGGCAAGCUUCAGAGAAUCUGGACACUAUCUACGUAACCUUUUUUGUAUGAUGCUAUUAUCAUGUAGUCUAUCGAAACCUGAAAAUAUAUGGCAGAAAACUUGGCAUCUUCUUUCGGAAGAUAUCCUACAUAGACAACGCACUAUUCUACGAGACCAAGCUUUGCACCUGAGCGAUGAACAAUUGCAGAAUUAUGCAUUGGCUGAGAUUGAAGCUAAGCUACAGAGUAACGAGGAAAACAAAAUGAAGAGUUUCAGCAACUUUUCCAAGGAUUAA